ACUCCUUCCUACAUUGCCGGCAAAGAGAGUAUCGUUUUCGGCAACUUGAGCGACAUAUGUCACUUCCACGAAAAUUUCUUCGAACCCGAAAUUUGUAAAUACGCUAGUGGUGGUGAUUUCCUACCCGAAGAUGUUGGCCAUUGUUUCGUCUCCUUUGGUGAUCGAUUAGCUAGUCUCUAUGUUGAGUACUGUGUUAAUAAGGAGGAUUCAAUGCAGAUCCUUGUCGCUGAUAUGGCUGAAAACUUCUUUGGCAAACUACAGCUGCGCUAUCAAUUAAGUGAACCACUGCAAUCCUUCUUGAUCAAACCGGUGCAGCGUAUCACAAAAUAUCAACUCUUGUUGAAGGAAUUGAGGGAUUGUUGUGAUAAGUCAUCCGCAGGUGAACUCUCAGAAGGUUUGGAUGUCAUGAUCUCCGUACCGAAAAAGGCGAAUGAAGCGAUUCAUCUUCGAAUGCUUCAAGGCCUUCCAGAUGACUUGCCAAUGUCCUGCCUUGGCGACGUGGUUUUACAGGACCAAUUCACCGUCUGGGAACCUAAGCAACUCAUCAAGAAAUCACGCGAGCGUCGUGUCUUCCUCUUUGACAUUUGCCUCGUCCUUGCCAAGGAAUGUCCUGUGAAUCCUGGUGAAAGCAAGAUGAAGUAUCAAUUCAAAUCUCGUUUUCUGCUGGCUGACCUCAACAUCACAGAGCACAUUGAGGGUGAUCAGUGCAAGUUCGCACUUUGGGCAGGACGUGUACCCCCGGUCAGUGACUAUCGCCUUGUCCUCAAAGCAUCUAACCUUGAGGUCAAACAGACUUGGGUUCGAGCCAUCCGUGAAGCGAUGCGGGAGCGUAUGUUCAGCGUUCAGAGUCUUCAUCAGGAUGCAGCCUCCACUAAAAUUAGUGCUGACCCUGUCUCGGCCCUGGAUGCCUAUUACAUUCGAGAGAAUUAUCAGGUGAGAGUUCACUAUCCAAUUCCUCUAUAUUUCCUUUUGGCCAUUUCCCACACCAGAAUGAUGGGAAAAGUUUAUAAGUGCAUAAAUAGUGAGCGCAUGCCGGUGGAUUCUCAAGUCCAAAAUUGGCUUAAAUGA